UCAUGUGAUCAGCUGUGUCCAAUCACAGCUGAUCACAUUGGACAUGUACACUGAUCAUCAGGGCACUGAUGAUCAGUGUGCCCUGAUGAUCAAUGUGGCCCCAGCAGUGCCACCUGUCAGUGUCCAUCAGUGCCUUAUGUCAGUGCCUCGUGCCAGUGCCCAUCAGUACCACAUCAAUGCCACAUAUCAGUGCCUACCAGUGCACAUCAAUGCCACAUAUCAGUGCCCAUCUGAGCUGCCUUUCAGUGUCACCCAUCAGUGCCAGUCAGUGCCGCCUAUCAGUGCCAGUGUGCCGCCUAUCAGUGCCAUCAGU